AUGGCCGUCUCAGUGACGACAACCUCGGCCGCGGCCGCAGCCGCAGCCGCUGACGCAUCCCCGCCGCCCAAAAAGACGCUCCGCUCGUACAUCUGGGACACAGAUUCGCAUCUCAAGAGCCCCGCAGAGCGCCGACUCCUCCUCAAGCUCGACCUGGCCAUCCUCAUCAUCAGCUGCUUCGGCUUCUUCAUGAAGUUCCUGGAUCAAACCAACAUGAUCAGCGCCUACAUUUCAGGUAUGCGUGAGGACCUGGGGAUGCUCGGCAACGAGUACACGUACGCAACCACGGCCUACACGGUCGGGUACGCCAUCAUGCAAGUCCCCAGCACCCUGAUCGUCCAGAAAAUCCCGCCGGCUAUCUGGCUGGGCGCCAUGGAGGUCGGCUGGGGCGUCUGGACGUUUGCGCAAGCCGGCUUGUCGAGCCCGGCACAGCUGUACGCGUUCCGUUUCCUGGUCGGCUUGUUCGAGGCCUCGUUUUCGCCGGUCGUGCUCUACGUCAUUGGCGGUUGGUAUACCAAGACGGAGCUCGCCAAGCGGACAACGCUCUUCCAGAUCACAGCGCCGCUUGGUGCUGCCUUUUCGGGAUAUCUGCAGGCUGCCGUGUAUGAAGGCUUGGACGGUAGGAAUGGUCUCGCUGGAUGGCGGUGGCUCUAUAUUAUCUGCGGUAUAAUGACAGUCCCCGUCGGCGUUGGCACUUUCUUCUUCUUCCCCGACACCCCCUACAAGAAGAAGCCGUGGUUCCUCACCAACGACGAACACGCCAUCGCGAUAAAGCGCGUGCAGGAUAUCGGGAUCGCUCCCCCUGCGAAGAUCACCCUCCGCACCUUCACCCGUAUCCUGUCCCACUGGAGGAUCUAUGCUUUUGUGUUUGGCUACGUCCUCUAUGGCUGUUCUUCGCUGGCUGGCGGCUUCUUUGGCAUCUGGCUCAGGUCCGAAGGCUUCUCGGUUGUCAAUUCAAACGUCAUUCCCUCGGGGGCGUGGCUGAUUUCGGGAUUCUUAUCUCUAACCUGGGGUUAUCUGUCUGAUAUCACCAAGAGCAGGUUCACGUGGGUUAUAGUACCCCUGAUCCUUGGUCUUAUUCCAAACGGCAUCCUGGCCGUCUGGCCCCCAGGAAUCCCGCUAAAGCAGUUUGCUUUCUUGACCGUCGGAGUGCAGCUGAUGCCAGGCGUCUUUUAUGCUUGGGCCCACGAGGUCUGCCGCGAUGAUAAUGAGGAGCGCGCCAUCGUCGCCAGCAGCAUGAAUGGCAUGUCAUAUGCCAUCUUGGCAUGGCUACCCAUCAUCAUUUUCCCGCAGACAAUGGCACCCAGCUUCCGUUACGGUUUCCCUGCGAGUUUUGGACUCCUGAUCGGCGCGAUUUUCGCCGUCAUCCUUAUCCAAUUUCUUGUCAAACGCGAGGAGAAGCUCAAAGCCGCCGUCAGUCCAGCGACCCAUCUCGAGACGGCGGGGUCGGGUUCCGAAAAGAAGGACAGCGGUGAGGACAUUGAUGCCAAGACGGCUGGCCUGUAG